GCGGUGGGUUUGUGGUCACCAGCGAGAUGCAGAAACUCCUCGACCAGCCCAGAGUACUAUCUGCAAACGAAGAACAGAGGCUGCGGGUGCUCUACCAGCAAAACUCGCUUCAUUUCUCUCCGAUGCUCCUGAACCCGUUCGCUCGGUCUUGCUAUCUAGGCGACUUCGAUGGCGUGAAAAAGGCCGUCGAGUCGGGGACUGCGCCUGACUUGCUUGGGCAGGAAACGGGAUACAAGCACGGCUAUGCCGCGCUGGCUCUCUUUGGCGCGCAACGUGUCGUCAUGUCUAGCCGCGCUCGCGUAGAUCAUAUCGGCACGCUCAAGUACCUCCUCGCGCAGGGAGCGCCUCCCGACAUCCCGGACGUCCUCGGCUACACCCCGCUACACCACGCUUGCAUGGCAUUCCCGUGUGCAGACAUCGCACGUAUCCUCCUCGAACACGGCGCGAGCCCCGAUGCCCCAGACGUCUUUGGCAGCGUCGCGCUCAUGGGCGCGUUCCAAAACGAGUCCAUCGACGCAAUUGAGGUGUUGCUGGAGUUCGGCGCGCGCCUCGACAUCGCGGACAAGAGCGGGAUUACACCAGAUGCCUUCUUCAUCAAGUGUGGCCCAAAGGUGACUGCGGUCGUGCAGAAGUGGAAACGCAAGCGGGCUGGCGCGGCGAACCCGCUGGACGAAAAGAAAUGCGCGACAUGCGCGAAGUCGGGUGUUCCGCUCAAGUUCUGCGCCAGCUGCCACGCGACGUGGUAUUGUUCUAGACAGUGUCAAAGAAAUGACUGGAAGAAGCACAAGCACAUCUGCGUGCCAUUCAGCACAGAGAGCACUGUUACCCCAUUCGAGCAACGCCCUGCGCGCAACUCGCGCUCCGUUCAGGUUCCCCACAUCCCGCAUGGCCAGACGAAGAAGAUGAUCAUCAAGGUGCAGGUUCCUAUGGACGCCCAUACCCUCGAGCCGUCUAACCAGAACAUCGGAAACCUCCUGGUGUACGACAAAAAGCGCAGCUUAGUCUGCAGGAUCCGGAAGUGCGACAACCCGGAGGCGUACAUGCGGCUGUCGGACGUCGUCCGCACGCAGGGCGUCAUGGGCGCGAAAGCGUAUUUCUCUGCUGAGAUGACCUCGCCGGACGUGCUCGUCGUGAAGGUGUCUGAGGUAUUGGCCGAGCAAGCCUUCUGA